AUGGCGAGCGACCAUCACACCGGUGGACGCGAGACUGCAGCGACCGCCCCGAGACAUCCCACCCAACAACACCCGGGUCACCUGCAACAGAGACAACCGUCGCAACAAGAACUCGAGGCGGCGCAACAGCUCGUCGUCCACUCCCAGGGCGCCUACCCGAUGUCGGCCCAGGAACUCCAGGCGUCGCGGUCUCAAGCAGCACCACCACCACAGCAGCCGACCGCCGACGGCCAACAUCCCCGGACCCAACCCGGCGACGGCUCCCGACGCUCACCUCAUCUCGAACAGGGCGGGAAUGCCCCGAACUCGCCGUCAUACUCCACCCCUCCUCACGAAUCGUCCGCGUCGGAUCAUCGAGCGUCGCCGGGGGCCAACAACAUCCUCGGCGCGCAGAUGUGCAGCAAUUGUGGCACGACCAAGACGCCCUUGUGGAGACGGUCCCCGGCCGGGGCGGUCAUCUGCAACGCCUGUGGGCUCUACUACAAGGCGCGCAACCAGAUGCGUCCCGUGGGGCUGAAGCGCGGCUCGGCGAACUCGUCGAACCCGGGCGAUCCUCGAUCGCACGACAUGGGCCCCGCGCCGACGUCGAUCCAAGGCGGCGCCACCUACGUCUCCGCCGACGAGAGCAUCAACGGCACCUGCCCCGGCGGCGGGCGGUGCAACGGGACCGGAGGUCAAGAGGCCUGCAGCGGAUGUCCCGCGUACAACAACCGCGUGUCCAAGAUCGCCCAGGUCACCCUCCGACCCAACGCCGACGGCUCCAACUCCUCCCAGGCCGUCCUGCAGAGCUACAGCCACUCCUCCUCCCCCACCGCGACCAACGUCGUCGUCGCCUGUCAGAACUGCGGGACCACCAUCACGCCGCUGUGGCGCCGCGACGAGGCCGGACACACCAUCUGCAACGCCUGCGGGCUGUACUACAAGCUCCACGGCGCCCACCGCCCCGUCCAGAUGAAGAAGGCGGAGAUCAAACGCCGGAAGCGCGUCGUCCCCAUGACGGGCAACACCAUC